CACCUCUAGCUGACGCGCGUCUACAUUGCCGCCAUUUGAAAAAAACGAAGUAAUCGGAGGAAUUUUGCAGUUUGUCAGAUACAGUCGCUAGCAAUGGAGGACAUCUUGGGCGUGCUGGGCUCGCUUUCGGAACUGCGGCGCGAGCUGGAGGUGCUCAGCAAGGCCCACUUCGAGGAGCUGGACCACCUCUUCUACGGCAGUGUACAUUCGGAGGCGGAUGCCAAAACGGCGGACAGUGCGCCGACGGCCAGGAGCCAGGAGAACUCCUCGGUGACUCCGCAGCAGACGAAGAAGCGGCCCAAGCGACUCAGCUCUCUGGCCGAGGAUCAGGACGACUCCGAGGCUGCCACGGACACCACGGCCAGCUUCUCGGCCCGCCCGACAGUUCGGGUCAGCAAUUCCCAGCUGCUGGCCGUCGCUGAGGAUGAACUCAACUCCACGGCCUCGCUGAUGCCGCCUCCGCCCGCGCCCACGCCCGCGCUCGCCCCGGCGGACACCACCCUAAACUCCGGACGGCCACAACGCGCUGCCAAGCUGAAGUCCGAGAAGCUGCUCAAGGAGCCCUCGAUCAACCGCAAGAUGCGCCGGCCCAGCAACGAAGAGAGUAUUAAGGUCAAGGUGGAGAGCGAGCAGCGAGUCUCCCAGUUCGAUAGUUCCACCAGUGGGCGGCCUGCCCAGAAGAAGGAGCAGAAGGAGUCAGAGUCGGAGCCAGCAAUCCCAGCAGCCCCAGCAGCAGUGCAGCGGGAGAAGUCACAGGCGGAGCCUUCCGAGGGCGCCAAUACAACGAAGCCUCUGCGCGUGAAGAUCAAGCGCGAGAAACUAAGUAACGAAGCAUUGGCCCCUCCCACUGAUGCGUCUACCGCAACAGAUGUAACCACCGCCUCCUCCGUGACGAUGGAUGUGGUCCGGCCGAACGAUACAAUGGCCAACAAUACAACGACCAGCAACAUAACGACCAGCAACACUACGGCCAGUAACACAACGACCAAUAACACAACCACCACCUCUGAGGUCGUCAAGAAGGUCCGCAAGAAGAAGAAGGACGUCGAGAACCACCGACCGAUCAAGGUGGAGCGCUUUAGCGACCUGGACAAGAACUCGCCAGUGUCGUCGCGCACACGCAAGGGAAGCACCGAGUCGGGACCGAACCGGGAACGCUCCAUCUACAAGGACGCACUCGAGGGUCCGCCCAUUGCAGAGCAAUCAGUGGCUGUAGCUGCUCCAGCCGCUGCAAACGAGACGGUGACCAUUUCAAACGCAACCAUGGUACUGGGUCCAGCACCCACAGGCGACAGCCCAAUGGGAACGGCUUCGGAUGCCACCUUCGAGGUUCAGUCCGGCGAAAAGAAGCCGCCAGUGAUUAAGCAGGACAGUCUGCUCACAGAGGACGAGUCGCUGGAGGAGAAGUUGCCGCCGGCAAAGCUGAUAUCGAACAUCAAGGCUAUAAAGCUGCCAACUCGCACCCACGAGCUAUUCAACCCACUCCUGCAGAGUCCGGUGAAGCUCCGCGUGGAGGCUUUCGAGAAUGCGGCCCAGGCGCAAGCCAAUUCGCGUCCCAAACGGGGCAAGGAAGUGCAGGGCACCCCGGGGUCCAGCAACACUCCCAAGAUUGGCAAACUUCCCGCUCCGACGAUGGGUCGCUUCUACACGCCGACGCAGACGAGCAGCACGCUGCCCUUGAGCUCCGCGCAGCCCAAAAAGGGACCUGCAAGCGCGUCCAAGGCCAUUCCUUUGAUGAAAACGGCCACGGGGACGAACCUGAAGUCAGCCAACUCUACGUCUACCAAGACACUGUCGCGCGAGAACAGCGGCGAUGACUUCCGCAAGGGACUGCACAACCUUGCCGAGGAGCGCAAGAAGCUGCGAGAGCAGAAGCACCAGCAGGCGGCCCAGCAGCGCGAGGCCAAGGAACGGGAGCGAGCCGAGCGCAUGGCCAAGUUGGCCGCCGAGCGGGCCAAGAAGCAGGAGGAGCGAAAGCGCUUAGAAGAGCGCAAGCGGCAGGAGCUGGAGGAGAUCCAGCGCAAGAUGCGCCAGCAGGAGGAGGCCGAGGCGCUCAAGAGGGCCAAGAUCAAGGAGCUGGAGCAACAGAAGCUGCAGCAGCUGACCGGCGCCAAGCCCAAGAAGAUGCUUCCGCCGCCGCCGAAGACCAAGUACACCUGGGAGAUGCUGCACGAGGACGACUCCACCGACGACGAGGGCAAGGUCACACAUAAGCGCCCUCCCGCACCCACCUGGAGUCGAAGCCAUGUGAGAGGGGAGGCGAUCGCCAUGCAGAGCCAUUGCCCCACCGACAUCAUCGACAGUUUCUUCUCGGUGGUGCCCACCACGCCGGACCUGAAGCAGAUAUUCCCGAACAUCGAUCCCAGCCAGCUGAAGCGCAACUCCAGCGUCCUCUGGUCCACGCCGCCGCGCUACUCCGAGCUGCCGAAGUACUAGCCUAGUAGUCCUGUUCCCUUUACCCGUUAAUGCACAUGUUUAUGAUCGAAUGAAUAAAGUUAAUUGAGAAAAUUAAA